CUGUUAUCCGCCGGUCAUUCGGUUGUGUGUGACAUUUACAAAGUGUUUAAACAAAUGAUUAAUUAGCGUGUUAAAAUACUGUUUGUUUGUGGCAAGAUAUAUGUUAGAAACGUGUGGCUUUUUGACCCAGGAUUGAAAUUGGGUCAUCGCGAUGGUGGGUCGACGUGUUUUUCACCUACUGGCCGUCGCUGCGAUCGGUGUAUUUGCAGAAAUUGAAAUGGAGUUCACAAAAUAUCCUGAGUCGGUGACGGCGCCCGUGGGUGAUGAAGUGACCUUCGAGUGCGCCGUCCGUGUUCCGGGAGAGAGGCUGCAGUGGAGGUGGAAGCCGGCCAACGAUGACAACUGGAAAGAAUGGCAGGAGACUCCAGGGACCAGUCAGAAGGACAGCGUCUCGACCAAGCUGGUGAUUGAAGUUAAAGAGGAUACGCCAGAUGCCCUGUAUCAGUGUAUAGUCUGGUAUGGUGCAAUAAGUUUGGUGUCUGUUCCUGCCCGAUUGUCUAUAGCAAGAAUAGAUUUAAGUCGGAAUACUCCAGAGAAGCGAGUCAUUACAGCACCAUUGCACAACACCGUGGUGUUACACUGCAAGGAGCCUAUAUCUGAACCCCCAGCUAUAUUGACCUGGUGGAAGGAGAACAAAGGCUUGAGAAAACAAUUGGAAACUCCGCACGGGGUUCUUGUGAUAGUCAACGCCAGUCCGGAAGACAACGGCGUCUACGGUUGUAGCGCUACUAACGAGCUGAGUGGUCAGACCGUGGAUCUGCCGGAGAGGACGUACUUGAGGGUCCAGCACGAGGGAAAUGGAGGCGUUAGAUAUCUCGAGACGGAUGAUUUCGUGGGCGUCAAAGAGGAUGGUGUAUUGCUGGCUCCGGUGAGGCCUGAGAAUAACCUGACUCUAUGGUGUGGCGUGGUGGGAACUCCUCCUCCUCAAGUCACGUGGAGUAAGGAGGGCAUGGCCAGCUUGCCACAACGUCGAGAUCAGAUGCUCGUCGUAUCCCCCUUUAAUUCGGAGCAUGAGGGCAUAUAUUCCUGUUCAGCAAACGGCAUUCGUCGUUCGUGGAAAGCGAUCGCGUUACAACCGCCGCACUGGGAAGGUACUGCUAGCAGCGUGAACGCUAGCGAAGGUGGCAGUGCGCACAUUACUUGCGGAAGGUUGUAUGGCCAACCGCAUCCAACGGUGCAUUGGCUACUGAACUCCAAACUUGUGGAAACUGGAAAAGGAAUUAAGGCGACAGAAUCGGAGUUGCACAUAGACGCGGUAGAGAAGCGGCAUGCGGGUAUAGUACAGUGCUUCGCUUGUAACUCACUCGGGUGUGCGUACGACGCGGCGCUUCUCACUGUGGUGCCAGUGCAGAUAUCAGACCAGGAUUAUUCAGCGGAACUUCCGAAGACUAUGCACAUACCAUCACAACCGCCGAAGCGGCACAAUAGGAAAAACUCAAGAAAACAUAAAGCGGUACUCAUAGCACCGUCGCGACCCAACGUGACUCGGCUAUCAGACGAGAGCGUCAUGAUAUCGUGGACUCACUCUAACCAUGGUCUGCCAAUUCAGUUUUAUAAGGUGCAAUACCGUGAAGUAACUAACUCAUCCAGCGUUCAGUGGCACACAGCUAACAACGACAUACCGGCAUACAUACACUCCUACGAGAUUGAAGGACUGGUACCGGACAGAUUUUACAAAUUUCGCAUCGCAGCGGUGUACUCCAACCAGGACAACAAGAUGGGUCGCAGCAGUGCCAAGUUCUACCUGCAGCGAGGUGGUUUCCGCAGUCCCACCACUCCAGUCGUGGACAAGGCGGUCGCGCUGUCUCCGAACACGAUACAACUCAAUUGGACUUGGUCGAGUAAUGGCGGCGUUGAAGCGGAAGGGUUUUACGUCUACUUCAGGGCGGUUUCCACUGCGGGGCCAUACGAAAAGGUGACGGUGGAGGGAUCAUCUCGCAGCGUGAUUCUGAGUCACUUGUCACCUGAUACGGCGUACGAGCUCAAACUGCAGGCCUACUCUGCGCAGGCGCCGUCAGACUUCACUGCUAUACUUGUGGCAAAAACCCAUCGGUCCGUCACAUCAGACGGCCCCAGUACGAGCACGGAGUCUCCGGAAGAGAACGUCAAGGAGAGCAGAGGAUCGCUGGUAACAGCUGGUGGGGCGCUCGGAGCAGCCGCCCUGCUUCUGGUACUGGCCAUCACGCUGCUGCUGUGCAAGUGUCGCAAACCUGCAAAGGAAAAGGCCCCCGCUGAGGUAGCUGGCUCCAACGGCUACAUUCCAGCUAAAGUGCCCAUCACUAUUACUGCCAACCCGAUGCACGCUGAGAGCGGUGAGGCAGGCGUGGAGAUGUCUUUCCUGCACAACAAUAACUGCGGUAACAACGGUAAUAAUGACGACACCUUGCCACAUCCAAGAAAAAACGGACCUCCACGGCAAUAUGUAUAAAACUUACACGUGUUAUUAUCUGUACUAUGUAAAUGUGUAGAGAAACUACCAUUCUGGUAGAAAUGGCUCAGUAGUGACGUGUGAAUGUGAUAGUCUAAGACUUGAAGUGCGCGGAUUAUUGACAGUACAAAAUAUUUAUUUUUAGUUAAGGCAGUGUAGAAGGAGAUAAGUCUUUAUUUAGUCCAUAGACUGAUACUGUAAGCAACAUUAUUAUUUAUUAAAUCUAAUAACGUUACAAGUAUUAGAAUAAGAGAAAUGUAUGUAACUAAUGAAACAAUAAUUAUUAGGCUUAGGCCACACUAUAGUUUUUUUCCCGUGUGCGGUUAACCGCUUUAACCGAAAACCGCUCGAGGCGCACACACCACUAUUAUAAUCCGCGAAACCACCCAUGAUUUUUACAAUUCGAAAAUGGCUUUCAAAAGAACAAUGUAUUGUUGCUUUGAUACUAAGAAUCAGAAAAGAUCACGUUUACGAAAAUUUCGCAAAUAUUCGGUCCAUCCACUAACUAGCUGGCUUACUAGCUGGCUAACUAGCUGGCUAACUAGCCAUAGAACAGAACCUCUAUUCUUACUCUGUUCUUUCACAAGACAUAGAAUUUUAAGAGAACAUCCAGAUAAAUUUUUCUAUUACUAUCGGAUGUCAGUAGCCAGCUUCUAUAAAAUUUUGCACAACGCGUGCGACCAUACAUCACCUUCAAGGAUACAAGAUUGUGAUUCUGGGAUAAACUUUCGUACUCUGCAUUCAACACAGACUUCGUCUCGGUUGACGACAUAAUUUCAAUGGCACGAAAACACGACAAUUCUUGCCGAAUACUAGGUAAAAACCGCACUAAGUUCUAUGAUUGACAAAUUUUGCGGCGGUUUUUUUCAUAUUUGCAACAUAUCACGGUUUUACAAUCAGCUGAGGAAUAAACCACCAAGUGCGGCCGCUUGUAUUCGUUUUCUUGUUUCAUAAACUCACACGGUUAAAAACCGCUGCGGCUUAACCGUAGUGUGGUCUAGGCCUAAUGUUGGAAAUAUUUCAAAUUAUUGUUUUUUAAAAGAGCAGUUAAAAUAAUGAGAUAUUAUUAAAUUAGAUAAGUAUUAAUAAUUUUUUGUUACGAUAUUGUAUAUAUUAUUUAGUAUUUAUAUUAAUAAUUUAUACUUAGAUCUGAGACGAUAUUUUUAGAUGACAUUCCCAGUUUUUAUAUAGAAUGAAUAACGUAAUUGCUGCCCAUUAAGAGUUCACAGAUGUCACUAAUUAGCUAGAAAUGGUUAGUGUAAUAUCGCAAAAUGAGCAGUAUUUUAUUAAUUUAUCAUAAGUCAUUUCGAAUGAUUGUAGUUAAAUAUGGCGGAUUUAUAUACUUUAUAACGAAAAUAACACGGUAAAUUAUGAUAAUAUGAGCGACUCAAAACAAUAAGUAUUUAUCGAUGUUAAAUUUUAUUAUAAAAAAGGAGACAUUUAUACUUUAAUGGAGAAAAAAUCGCAUGUACUUUAGUUUUUAGCUUCUUUCAAAUGUUUAUAUACUCAAAUAUCAUUAACCCUCCGUUCAAGAACCGCACAGACCACCAUAAAAAUAGACUUUUUUGUUAGACUAAAUUUCAUAUGUGUAGAAAAUUUACAAUUGCUAUAAUCGAUUAUCGAAACAUCGAUUAGAUAAUAUUAUUUCAUUAAAAUUUCGAGCAUCUCUGAAAAACAAAAAAAUUCGAUUUGACCUCUAUUCUAAUAUCGGUCGAGAUGACGUUUAGUUCAAAAUGAAAUGUCAUUUGCUAACAAAUUUGACAAAUGUUACACUAAAGUCGAACGAUAUGAUAGUUGGGGCCGAUUCUAGUUUGUCUCUGAAAUAAAAAAAAACUAUGACAGAUGCCCGAAAGCUUUUCAUUACCGCCAUUAUCGGUUAGAAUAUAUGGUGGUCGUAAUAUGCUGCUCCCGAAUGCAUCACGGAGACUUAUGGUAUGUGGGUUAGAUAAAGUAGUAUAUGGAACUGUACAUAAUUAGGCAUUAAAACCCUCGUGUUUAAGUACAGUCACAGAAACUACAAAUAAAUCCAUUUUGUUUUGUCCAAGUAAAAUAUUGUUCUUUUUUUUAUUAAAUUCUAUAAAAGUAUAAAGUAUUUAAAUUCGCCAUUAACAUUAUUUAAAAAAUAGAUUAUACAUAUAAUAGUCCUUAAGUAGUUUAGUGUUACCUGAUAUGUGGUAGUAUUUGGUAUUUUGGCACGGUACUUAAGUCUGAACAUGCCAAUAUUUUUGCAUUUAUAGAAUGGUUGUGAUUCAGACGAUUAUACAACAAUUACUGUGAUAAUACGAAAAAAUCUAUCGAUUGAAUAAAAGAAAAGACUUAACUACUACUACUACUACUAAAGUUUAACUAGUAAGCAAUAUUAUGUUAAAUGCCAAAUAGUGUUCGAAAAAUCUAAAAAAUCGAUCCAUAGUUCCAUAAAUCAGUCGUCACAACACAAAGCAUUGGGCCUCGGAGCAGUAAUAUAAAGCCUAGAGAGCUCGCAUUUAAUUGAACAUUUUAUAAGUAGUAGUAUUCUCUCAUCCAAUACACCUAGUAGUGCGACAGAACGAGACGACAUGCGGCAAUCCACUUCAAUUCAAAUCCAUAUAUGGCCGUUUUUUAUACCAGCAAGAAGGUAGUGCUGGCCACUAUAAUAUCGACAAUAUAUCGAUAAAUAAAAAGGUGUGAAUAUAAGAAAUAAAGAAACAUACUGUUGGGUUAAAUUAUAUAUAUUAAGAGUCCUCCGACUUUCUUCAUACAAAGUUCAAGUCAACCUGCCGAUACAUUUUGACGUGAAAGGAUAAACAAACACAUUUUGUAAUAUUAAGAUUGAAAUUAUGGAUUACAGGGAAAAAGUCUUUCUUUGCUUGUCCAAUUGUAAAUACUGCAAUAAACACAGUUAAUACGUAAUUUACGUUAUAAUAAUCUAUCUUUCCACUAAUUUACAUUCUAUAAUAUUAGCUACAUGUGGGUAUUAUUAUUAAGCCCUAUACAUAUUAUGCAUUUUACAUUUAAACUAUAUACAGUGUACAACAAUCACUCAAAACUAAACAUUAGAAUGUUAAACCUCUAGAUGACACCCGUAUAAAAAAAUUGAAGAAAGAUUAUUGUAAAAGAGAAAGCUGGUGCAAUUUUGCGUUUCAAUGAUUUGCACUUUUGCUGCAAGACUUUUAAUUUUUGAGCCGUUGUGAAAAGGUUUUUGAUUGUUUCACUAUAAUCUUCUUAAGUAUCUUUUUUCGAGGAGUGUUAUUAAAACGCGACUCAGUAAAUUAUUUAGCAGUAACAGGCGGUGCACACGAAUCUCUUAACGUUGAUGGUUAAUCUACAGCAUACCUUCUUUGUGAGUAUUUCAUUUUAUUUCUGGCCAACUUUGAAGAUUCCUGAAAUUCAAAAACCUUAUAAUAGGUACCUAUACAAACAAUAAUAUUUUGUGUACAAAAAUCUAUGUUUAUUUAUAGCAGUUGCACAAGUAGUUUUCAAAUAAAUAAAAUUUUUCAACAUCAAAAUGACGAAAACACAAUAAUUUUGGCUCUGUUUGUUUAUUCCUGUUAACUUUCGGAAGGACUGAAUCAAUUUUGGUUUCGGUCAAAUAAUACCUAUCUAUAAAUAAUAGAUACCUGUAAUAAAUAAAAAAAAUACAGUUGACAAAAAUGAUAGGUGGCGUUUAUUUUCAACAAGAUCUAUUAAUAUGGUGCUUAUUUUAUAUUAUUAUAUUGUCAGCACCGCAUCUCUGCAAUGAACUUUUCUUCUCUUGUCCUCCAUUUAAGAAAUUGAAGCAAUAUGCUUUACAUUUUUAUGUAUCAAGAAAAGGCUGAAAUAUUAAGAGUCAAAAAUAUUUGAAUUUAUUGGAACAUAUUUUGCAUAUUCGUACUUUAUGUACGUAACCAUUUCAACAAACGCAAACCCGAGAUUAAAAUACUUUCAACGACACGAACUUGUUUUAUUGUGUUUUUCUAAUAUUAAAAUAAAUUAUAUAAUAAUUAAA